GCCUUCGCAUACAUACACUGCUACGAUUUCAUCUCUCUCUGCUCUUCUUAGUUCUCCCCCCUUCGGAGUUUUCUAAUCCAUGUCUUGUUUCUCUGUUACUCAGCUUCAUCCUCUUUCAUGGACUCCCAAUCCUCAUCGUUUGCUGUUCAGACAACAAAAGCCUAACUGUACGAGCUCGUUAUCGAUAAAUUGUACAGAUUGGACUCUCAGGCUGAGCUCUGUAUCCCAUCACAGGCCUUCACGAGCCUCUCUGAACUCUUCAUGUCUAACAAAUGAAGAUAGUAUUACAGAUGGGGCUUGUACUCUCCGACAACUCUGCGAAGGUCAUGUGCCCGAACAUGUAUUGCGCAGAAUGGAAGAGAUUGGAUUUGUUAUGCCAACAGAUGUACAGCAUAAAGCUUUGCCAGUUUUGCUUUCUGGACGUGAUUGCAUACUUCAUGCUCAGACAGGUUCCGGAAAGACCCUGGCGUACCUGUUAUUAAUAUUUUCAGCUAUAAACACACAAAGAUCAGCGGUGCAAGCACUGAUUGUGGUGCCUACUAGAGAACUUGGCAUGCAAGUUACAAAAGUUGCCCGUAUUCUGGCUGCAAAGCCUGCAGAACUUGGAUUGGAGCAGAAGUCAUGCACUGUUAUGGCCCUUUUAGAUGGAGGAAUGUUGAGAAGGCACAAGAGUUGGUUAAAAGCGGAGCCCCCUACUAUUGUGGUUGCAACUUUGGGGAGUUUGUGCCUAAUGCUUGAGAAACGACUUCUUAAGCUAGAAUCAAUGCGGGUGCUGGUAAUUGAUGAGGUUGACUUCAUGUUCAAUUCUUCAAACCAAGUCAGUUCUCUUCGAAAGCUUUUGACAACAUUCUCGUUAAGCAAUAGUCAUCAGACUGUGUUUGCUAGUGCAUCCAUCCCCCAGCAUAGACGAUUCCUAUAUGACUGCAUACAACAGAAGUGGACCAAGGGUGACGUUGUUCAUAUCCAUGUAAAUCCAGUUGAACCAAUGCCAUCGCGCCUGCAUCACAGAUUUGUGAUAUGUAGCAAGAAAUCAAGGCACGCAACCUUGCUAUCCUUAUUGCAGUCUGAUUCACCUAUGUCUGCCAUAAUAUUUGUUGGUGAACAGUCAGAAAAAUCAAAGAAAGCUGGAAAUGCUCCAGCAACAACUCUUUUAGUUGAUUUCUUGAAGACUUCGCAUACAGGAUGUUCAGACAUUCUUCUUUUGGAGGAAGACAUGAAUUUCAACUCAAGGACAGCUUCCUUAUCUGAAGUGAGACAAGGUGGAAGCUAUCUUCUUGUGGCAACAGAUAUAGCAGCCAGAGGAGUUGAUUUACCUGAAACAACCCACAUAUACAACUUUGAUCUACCUAGAACUGCAGUAGAUUAUCUUCACCGAGCUGGGAGAACGGGCAGGAAACCAUUCUCAGACAAUAAAUGCACUGUUACGAGCAUUAUGACAUCGGAGGAGAGGUUUGUGUUGCAGAGAUUUGAAAAUGAAUUGAUGUUUCAUUGCGAAGAGUUGUUUUUGUAAUUCAAUCAUUUUGCUGUUAUACAAGUUAGGUCUCCUCUCUGUGUUGCAGUUCAUUCUAUUUCCAUAUGAUCAUGACAGUAAAAUGACAAUUGAAUCCUUCCAUUUUCAAGAGAAGGAUUUUGUUCUUUCUGGACAUGAAACAAUAAAUGAUGUGCUUUUUAAUGAAUAAAUUUUGAAACACAUUGAUAUAAACAAAAA